AUGGAAAUAGUAGAUUGCGUGACUGGUCUAGAUGUGAAGACGGUAGUCGUUGCCAGCCUGGCAUUUCUUCUAGCCAUGGUGUAUCUAAGGCGGAGGAAGGGAAAUCUACCACCUGGACCCAUGCAAGUGCCUUUUCUUGGGAGCAUUUUUGCUCUCAAGAAGGAUGUUAGACUGUUCAAGGUGUGUGAAGAACUGGCAAAAACAUAUGGUGAAAUGACAACAGUUAGCUUAGGGUUGGUACUGGAUAAGCUUGUCAUUUUGAACUCUGCAGAUGUGGUUCAUGAAGCCUUCGUAGAGAAGAAAGAAAUAAUGGCAGGAAGAGACACAACUAUUUGGUCAUCUGACUUUUUUACUGAAGGGUUUAAAGAUAUAGCGUUUGGUGACUUUGGUCCAAGCUGGAAGCUUCAAAGAAAAUUGGCACUUAAAGCUAUCAGGACAUAUGCCAUGGGGACUAAGUUGGAGCAACUAUUGAAGUCCUCCUACAGUGAUGUGGCAGCUUUAUUGGAGAAAGAGAAAGAACCUUUUUACUUUGGGGAGUACAUCCAUUUAAUGUUGUACAACAUUAUCUGUAGAAUGGCGUUUGGAAAGAGGUAG